UGCGCCUCCCCCAUUCUGACCCCCAGGCUCCACCUAUCUGUCCCCCCGCCCUCCCGCUCCCUCCCCUGUCCCCCGUUCUGAUCUCUAAUGUCCCUCCACCCCGUCACGAGUCUCCCCAUUCUGUGCCCUAGAGUCCCCCCACUUUCCCAGUCCCCUCUAUCUGACCCCCAGAAUCCCCUCUCCUCCUCCCGGGUACCCCCGCUCCAUUUCCCCCAUUCUGAUCCUUAGAGUCUGCCAUCACCCCCCAUUACCUUCUCUUUGACCCCCAGGGUCCCGUGUCCUCCUUGCUCCCCCCGCCUUCUGACCCCUUUUUCUGACCUCUGGAGUCCCCUGUGCUCCUCCCUGACCCCUGGAGUCAGUUCCCCCAUUUUGACCUCCAUUCCCCCCCAACCGGACUCCUUUUCUGCCCAAUAGAAGCCCCCCACAACCCCUGGCUCUCUCCUCCCACCCCUUCCUCCCUCCAGCCCCAGAUGCGCUUUCUGCCUUGCAGAGGCUCUGUUCACCCUUUUCCCUUCCACAACCCACUAAAUUCCCCUCCAACUCUUUUUCAACCCCAGAGGCACCCCACUCCCCUCUUCUCCCCCAGAUACUCCCCUGAGGUCUACCCCAGACUCCCACCCCAUAGAAGCCCCCCACAACCUCCUCACCACUCCUAGACCCCCUUUCCUCCCUGUAGAGACCCCACUCCUUUUUUUUUCCCCCUCACAAUCCUCCAUCCACUCCCAGACCUGCCCUUUCUGCCCUACAAAAACCCCUUUUCCCCCUUUCAACUCCUCAAGUUGCCCUCCACAAUAUUCCCCUCCACAAUGUACCCCUCCACCCCCAGACCCUCCUUUCCACUCACAGAAGCCUUUCUCCUCUUUUCUCCCUCACAAUCUCCUCCCCACCCCCAGGUCCCCUUUCCACAUCACAGGGCUUCUAGCCCACCACAAUCCCCCAGUUUCCCUCUUCCACCCUUUCUCCACCUCCAGACCCUCUUUCCAGCUCACAGAAGCCCCACUCACACCUUUCCCCCCGUAGAUUCCCCACAACCCCCUAUCCACCCCCAGACUUUCUUUCCACCUCUAGAAGCCUCGCUAGCCCCUUUUCUCCCUCCCGCAACCUCCCCUCUCCACCCCUGGAGUCAUGCAGAAGAAUCUGCAGAUGUCCUCGAGGGGUUUGGGGCAUGCGGGGGUGUUCCCAGGUGGGUCCAGGGGGAUCCUUGGGUUCAUCCUGAAGGGUCUGGAGAUGUCCCAGUGGGGUCUUGAUGUCCAGGGGGUCUCCAGGAUGCUCCCGGGGAUCCCUUGAAGGAUGUGGAAACUCCGAGGAUGGGCCCAGGAGCUCCGAGGAGCCUCUAGGAUGAUCUGGAGAUGUCUCACCAGUAGCCCCUAUGGCCCCAUAACCACUACAGCCUCAUCUCAUAGCCAUCCCAUAUCCUUAUCCCACACCUUUAUCCCAUCCCAUAUCCAUCGCAUCCACCCCAUAGCCAUCUCAAACCCAUCUCGUAUCCCUCCCUCCACACCUCGUCCCCAUCCCCCACCCCAUUCCCAUCCCAAAUCCACAUCCCCACAGAUCCUCAUUGCAAACAGGGCUCCCCAGUGGCUGCGGGUCUGGCUGGUGGCAAAGUGCUGGGGCAGGUGGUGAUGCACCUUUCUCCAUCGCUGAGCUCACGUGGCCAUGAGUAGGCCCACUGCCUCGCUUAUUGCCUUGUCUGUUCAGCUUCUCUCCUGGCUACAGACGCUGCCAGUAAAUACUAUUGCUCGUGUUAUGUUGUCAUAGGCAAUAAAAUAAGCCUGUCCCAAAGACAUUGGUGUCUUUGUUCUCCCUGUUGAGCCCAUGGAUUGGCACAACAGCAUCAGCACGCGAUGGGCACGAAACUUGGACAUCAGCAACGGGACUUGAAAGGCCAGCAUCAGGAACGUCUCUUUUGGAGAGAGACUGAGAGACUGGGGCUCGUUGAGCCCGGAGAGCAGAAGGCUGUGGGGAGACCACGUGGCUGCCUUUCAGCACACGGGGCCUCACAGAUCACCCAGUUCCCACCCCCUGCUGCGGCCAACAGCGAGAUCAGGCUCCAGGUCAGGUUGCGCAGGGUGCCAUCCAGCCUGGACCUGAACAGCCCUCAGGACGGGGUGCGCACAGCGUCUCUGGGCAGCUGUGCCAGCAGCUCACCAGCCUCAGCCUGUGUGACACGUGGCAGGUUCUCGUGCCGUUUGCCGAGUAAAGCACAGCGAUGGUCGGUAUUUCAACCUCACCUGGUGUGCGUGUGCCUGUGAACGCACAGGUUUCUGUUUAUUAGACAGACGUGAAACAGCUGCUCUUACCGAGCCAUUAAAGUUAGGCUUGCGUUCCUGCGUACCGUAAUUCAGUAAGCUGAGCGGAACUGCGCCUGGAAGAGGAGCUGCCCCCUCCGUGCCAGUGACCUAACAGAGCUCCAGGUGACACGGGCUGAUGUCACAAUGCCUAACAGAGCUCCAGGUGACACAGGCUGAUGUCACAAUGCCAUGCGCUGCAUCACAAGCAGAUCUUCCCCGGGGCAGCGGCAGGGCCGGCACUUCCCUGCAGGGCCUGGGCGCUGCUGCAGCACUGCUCAGGGGCUCUGUCCUUCUGCGACCAGGAGUCGAUUCCGGGGCAGCCAGGCUGCUCUGGGUGACCCUCACUGACGCGUGGAGGAGCAGGGGCGCUUUGCAGAGAAUUGUUGGUUGGUUGAGGAGCCUUGUUGGCGGAGGGCAUCCUUAGUUCUGAACUGAGGCUGUCCACAAGCCACAUGGAAGGCUGCUGGACUGUGAGCGUCAGCUCGAAGCUGGCCUACUCGUUCCUAACGCUGCUGGAACUCUCUGCUGAAGAGAUUGUGGCGGUCUGGGACGCUGUGUCUGACUACAUCCUGGAACAGAUGAAGCUGGGCAAGGGAGUCCUGAUUCCGGGACUCGGGGUCUUUGCUGGGGUCCGAGAGCAAUUCCACAGCAAAGAAGAGGCGCGUUCCGUUCUAAGGCCUGUCUUCCAGCUGGACAUCGGGGUGCUGUGGCUGCAGGAACUCCAGUCUCCCAACGACAUCAUCCCUGACGAUGUCAAGAUUGAGCCGCUCAACUACCGGCAGCUCUCGCGAGCCUGCGGCGUCCCGCUGCACUUGGUGCUGCGCUGCGUGCGGGAGAGCGUGCUCCUGUACUGUCACCUCCUGAGGAGCAGGGAGCCCGUCCUGUUCGUGUUCAAGAACCUCGGCGUUAUGACCUGCCAAGACGACUUCCUCCUCAUGAGGUUCUUCUGCAGCUGCAUUGAAACGCUGGAGAGCAAUGCCACCGUCCUCGCACUGAUCCACACCAGAUUCUGGACGGACGAUUCUGCUGACUUCGGGCCAGAGACCGCUGCCCAUGGCAUCCGCGUGUUCCCGAGGUUUCAGCUCACCGUGGAAAAGAGCAGAGCAGAGGCCGCCGCAGAAAAACAAGCUGCCAUAGAGCGGAAGAUGAGUAAAGGGGUCUCUGCCGGCAGUCUGCUGCAGAGGCGGAAGACACUUCCCCCCUCCAUGCUGCUGCAGCGCAAGCCGAGCUCAAGGCAGCAAGAUGUGGCGAAGGAGCCUUCUGCCAGCGCGCUCCCGCCGUGUGCAGGCAGCUCCCGCGGGAUGAAGAAAGCGGGACAGAAGGAAACAUCUGCUGCCCAGACCAGCGCUGCACUCCCUGCCACCGAGGAGUCUAAGAGAGUGCUGCAGGAGCUCCGCAAAGAGUCUGCGCUGUGGAAAGCAGACCACACGUGGCCCAUGCACCAACAGCAAAUAGAGCGAGCACAGGCAGAAAUGGAGGCAUGGGAAGGCUGGAGCGCAGGGGAGGACCAGAAUCCGCCCCAGCUGCAGGCCAGGGAGAGCGUGCGUGUUCCGCAUCCUCCAGCCCAGCCCAGGAGACAGCAAGUGCGAAGGAGAUGGAGGAAGGACGAGGGUCUGCUGCCAGGAAGUAUAAUGGGGACGGCGACCAAGCUGACACUGCAUGCUGACCUCCUUUCCCCACGAGCGGCUCAGGUGCUCCGAAGGUUGGAGCCGCACCUCCGUCAGCAAGAGGCUUUUGCCGGCACAGCGGAAAGAAACCGGCAGAAGCUGGAGCAGAAGCGGCAGCUCCUCCGGGCUGAAUGCUCGCACGGCUCCAGAGGGGAACGUGCAGCCAUCGGUGGGGACCGCGGUGGAGCUCUCAACACGGGGGCUGGGAAGCCGUCCAGAUUUCCACCUGUGAAUGGAAGAUCGUAGAAAACCAAAGACUCGUAGAACGGCCUGGGUUGAAAAGGGUCUCGAAGAUCACCGCGACCGGGCUGCCCAGAGCCACAUCCAGCCUGCCCUCGGAUGCCCGCAGGGAUGGGGCGUCCCCCAGCUCUCGGCAAGCUGUUCCAGCACGUCACCACCCUCCGUGUGAAGAACGCCUGCUGACAUCUAACCAAAUUCUGCCCCCCUUUCACAGUUUAAAACCAUUCCCCCUUGUCCUGUCACCAUCCGGCCUCGUCAACGGCCGUUCCCCCCUACUCUACAGCCUUCCUUCAAGAACUGGAAGGCCGCAGUGAGGUCUCCCCGGAGCCUUCUCCUCACCAAGCUGAACAAGCCCGGUUCCCUCCACCUUUCUCCACAGGAGAGGUGCUCCAGGCCUCUGAUCACCUUAGGGGCCCUCCUCUGCACUUCAUCCAAGAGCUCUGCGUCUUUCUUGUACCGGGGACCUCAGUUUUGGAUGCAGUAUUCCCAAUAAAAAUGAAUUGGCUUUAUUUCCA